AUGCGAACGGACGCGUCCGCUUCACAGAAAAGUAAAAAAAAAAAAAAAAUAUACAGGAAAAACUAUAUAGGAAAUAACUAUACAAGUAGGAAGAAAGAAACCAAACUGAAAGUGACCUCGUGUGAAUUAUCUAUUAUAUCUAUUACAAACCCAUCAAAAAUGGUCUUAAACGGCAUGCCCAUCAAUAUGCCAGUGCCAGUGGCAGUGCCCAUGCCCGUGCCCAGUCCUCCGGCCACCAAGUCAUGUGUGGCCAUCGACUGGGACAUCAACGACUCCAAGAUGCCGUCGGUGGGGGAGUUCGACGAGUUCAGUGACUGGGCCAACGGCCACUGCCGGCUCAUCUACUCCGGACAGAGCGACGAGGCCCGGAAGCAUGCCAGCGGCUGGGCCAUGCGCAACACCAACAACCACAAUGUGAACAUCCUGAAGAAGAGCUGUCUGGGCGUGCUGCUCUGCAGUGCCAGGUGCAAGCUGCCCAAUGGAGCCAGUGUGCAUCUGAGACCAGCGAUUUGUGACAAGGCCCGCCGGAAGCAGCAGGGCAAACAGUGUCCCAAUAGAAAUUGCAAUGGUCGCUUGGAGAUCCAGGCCUGUCGCGGUCACUGCGGCUAUCCAGUUACCCACUUUUGGCGAAGGGACGGCAACGGCAUCUACUUCCAGGCCAAGGGAACCCACGACCAUCCCAGACCCGAGGCCAAAGGAUCCACGGAGGCAAGGCGUCUGCUGGCCGGAGGACGACGUGUGCGCAGCUUGGCCGUAAUGUUGGCCAGGGAAUCAGCGCUCAGCGACAAGCUGAGUAGCCUUAGACCCACCAAACGACAGGCCAAGACGCAGUUGCUCCAGGAGGGCAAGCGCAGAAGAAUGGUUGACCAGCCAGCGGUGCUUCCGGCCAGUCAGGAUGUACUGGGCACAGCCGGCUAUCUGGCCACAUCCACGCCCACGCACAGCACAGGCUUUGGCCAGGCACAGGCACAGGCACAAGCACAGGCAUCCUAUGGCCAUGGAUCGGUGGCCAGUAGUCAGUGGAACGGAGAGAUAUACUAUGAGCCGGAGGGUGCGUCCUAUGCCACGGGAAUGUACGCCUACGACAUGCUGCACUCGCCCCUCUCCGCACACAGUUCCACGGGCAGUUAUUACCACGAGAAUCUUCCGCAGCAACUACAGCAGCAGCAACAGCAACAGCAGCAACAGCAACUCUCCCCGCAGCAACAUGUGCCAGCUGGCAACUUCAGCGAUCAGCCCUCGAUCCCCGCCAGCUUCCCCAGUGGAAUGCCCAUGUACGAGAGCUGCGACGACACCUCCAGUUUGACCAGCAGCUCGGGCUACAGCUCCGAGGACUACGGCUACUUCAACGGAUAUCUGCCCAACUCGCUGGACGUGAGCAGCGGCAGUCAGGGCCAGAAUCCAAGCAGCCAGGAUGGCGGUUUCUACACAACCAGCUCCGAGAUCUUCAGUGUGUUCGAGUCCACUUUGAAUGGUGGGGGGGAUCUGCUCUAUGAGGAGGCAAGUGCCUACCAGCACCAUCACCAGCAGGCUGGAUUCCUGCCCCUCGCCAGCUAUCAGCAGCAGGAGCCGCAGGAUCAGCUGCAGUCGGCCGACUACUACUACAGCAACACGGGCGUGGACAACGGAUGGAACAUCCAAAUGGACGCGACAUUCCAGCACCCGGCUAACAGCUCGGAUCCUGUCUACUGCUAGGGGAUCGGGUGGGGGAUGAGCUGCCGCUGCCGCUGCCCCUUGGAUCUCGCACUGCAACCACUAUUACUGAGCCACUCAAGCGUUGUUCUAGUCCCUAGUUGAUUCCCAUUCGUGUUCCCAUUGCUUGUUGGUCCCUUUAUUGUGUAUGAGAUAUUGUAUUGAACGUUUCUAGUUUGUACUAUUGUACUUGUUUCCCAGCUAUUCCAAAGUUUUAGAGCUGUAAGAAUACGAAUUAUGUCCUUAGAGUGUAAGCGUAUAGAGUUUAAAGCCACAUUUCCCACCUAU